AAUAAUAAUAAUGUUGUUUGGUUUUAUUGCUUUUGCCGCCCUCUAGUGGAUACACUUUAAAACUACAUGACCUCCCAUAAUGCACUUUCUCCUUUUAUUCCCAUCAUUCCCUGCAGCAAACCUUCUGCACCGGUCAAGAUGGCGGACAGACAAGUUUCCUUAGCUGAGAAGCGGCUGAUGGACGUGAAACUCAACCAGCUGGGAGCCUGGCUUGGAGGUCGAGACUUUACUCCUAAUGGCAUCCUCUCAGCCAUUCGCAGGGGCCACGACAGAUACUACAACAAGUACAUCAAUGUGAAGAAGGGGGGCAUCGGUGGUGUAGCUAUGCUGCUCGUUGGCUACGUGGCCAUCAGCUACUUGUGGGAAUACGACCACAUCAAACACGAUCGCUGGAGGAAGUACCACUGAGCCCCUUCAGCAGACCUUCAGGGGCGCGUCAGCUCUUUCUAUCCUCGGCUCUGUGUUCAUAUGUGCUUGUUGUGACCAAUAAAAAUAAGGAUUUACUGUUA